UUUUCCUUCAUGACUGAGCAAAUAGACCUGGGAUACGAGGAAUGAUAGCUUAUGUUUAUGCCUAUAAAACAUUUAACCAGUUACGAACAUUUUGAUUUGGGACUCCAACGACCAUUGCUUUAAUAUACAAAACACUGGAAAAUGUAUACCGUAGGAUCAACAUUGUUGAUCUUAUCCUGUCUUGGACUAUUGUCACCGUCUGCUAGCGUUUCUGUUAAGGAUGUUUCCGGUGCAGAAGAACAAGAGGAGCCUAUAAGUGCUACAAUAGCGGGAAUAACGUCUGCUGCAGCAGCCGCUGUUAGCGCGGGAACAAGUGUGGCGGGAACAACUAUGAGUGCGUUAAUGAGUGACGGUUAUGCUGUCACGUGCGGAAUCGAAGUUGAAAACUGGACGAAAUAUGCAUUUACAAUACCAAUUGCUCAUGUAAAAGGUGGGACGCUUUCCGUUCCGCCAAUUGCAAUAUUACCGGCGAAGAGAGAGGUAAUGAUUUCUCAUAAAGCGUCCGGUACAGCCACGGGGGUGUAUGGGACCGUUUCAUGGCUGAUAGAAUCGCCGGGUGCUAGCCAUCAGCGUCGACUUGUGGUGAUGUGGUCUGCGCCGUAUGACUUCAACUUGCACAGUAACACGCUUGCCGUAGGGCUGACUUCUCCUGGGGAUAUAACACAUCCCUCGGGGCCGACAUGGUUCGACAAGAUGUAUUACGACGAGCAAAUUGCCACAUUGAAGUACAUAAAGAAAGAGUUCAUACGUGAUUUCUCCCCGAUCAUCUACGAGGAUACAGAUUAUCAAGUUGUCGCCACGAUGGGGUCCAGCCACAAAGCACAGGUCAAGAUUCAUAUAAGACCCAAAAACUUUGAUGAUCUGGCGGCAAACAUCAAAAGUCAAAUCCAGAGGAAAAAAUAAACUGAACUGCACUGUCACAUACCACUCUACAUUAUGUUACGAUGAUUUAGAGUGUCGCUCUGUGUUUCAUCUGUACAUGUAUUAUUAUUAAUGACAUUUCUCUUAAAUUUAGUUUCAGAAAUUAGUUUGCUUUUAAAAUAUUUUUCGGAUAACAAAAACCUUCAUUUGAUAAAAAAUAAGAAUUUCA